CUUUCUCUCUGUCUCUGAGAGUUUGAAGCUUUUUAUUUUGUGAAGUGAAUGUUUUUUUGGUUUUGAGAGUGUUUGCAUGGAGGAGUGAAUCGGGAGCUACUGCGAGAACGGAGAAGGCGAAGUUCGUUGGUGGCCGGUUGGCCGAUCUUUUUUGGAGGAUUGGACGCAGAUACGGAGAGGAGAGGAGUUUCUGACUGGAUCCUGUUCGAUCAAAAUGGCUGCCAUAAAUAAGCCAGAAAAGCAAGUGGAAGAACUAACGGGGAACUUAGAGCUGGAGAAACACAAGAGGGCUGCCAUAAAUAAGCUAGAAAAGCAAGUGGAAGAACUAACGGGGAACUUAGAGCUGGAGAAACGCAAGAGAGCUGAUUUUGAAGCAUCAAUGAAUCAAGAAAAUGCAAACCUAAAGUCUGAUUUGAAUGACAUACAACUUCAAUGCAAGCAAACUAAAGAGUUGCUUUCCAGCGAAAUCGAAAAACUGAAGAAUCUUCAUAAGCAGGAACGACAGAGUAAAAAUAAAUGUCGGAGUUUCUGGAAGCUUGUGGGCAAGUGUAUAUGCAUUUGGAACGCAAUGAAUGGAUGACUGAGAACAGCAAGGCUCUACUCGAGUUUCAAGAAUACAAGGAGCAUGGGAGUUUGUGCAUUACUAAUUGUUCUCUAAUUUUUAGUUCUAGUUCACUAUAUUUCCGGUCGUGCAUCCAAGCCAUGUAUACUCGCUCAUCGUGUGCGUAGUUACCAGCAUGUUCUUUGACUUUGCCUUUACUUCUUAACCGACUUCAUCAGCACCGUUCCAACCUGAAUUCCUCUUUGCCAGCUGUAGUUGAUGAAGCAAAGUUAAUUAUUUCGGUUGCUUGUUGCUCAAU